UAUAAUUGAAGCUUACAAGAUCAGAGGCAUGAUAGAAAAGGCAUUGAAGCACAGUUGGAAGGUGACAUUUACGACCCAGCUGUCCCUGACUCCCCUGCUCACUCUGCCUCAUCGCACCAGCACCAGCAGCAGCAGCAGCAGCAGCAGCCAGCAGCAGCAGCAGCAGCAGCAGCCAGCAGCAGCAGCAGCAGCAGCAGCAGCAGCAGCAGCAGCAGCAGCAGCAGCAGCAGCAGCAGCAGCAGCAGCAGCAGCAGCAGCAGCAGCAGCAGCAGCAGCAGCAGCAGCAGAAGGAGCAGCAGCAGCAGCAGCAACAGCAGCAGCAGCAGGUGCAGCAGCAGCAGCGGAUGGAGCAGCAGCAGCAGCAGCAGCAGCAGCAGCAGCAGCAGGAGGUGCAGCAGCGGAUGGAGCAGCAGCAGCAGCAACCGCAGGCAGUGCAGCAACAGCAGCCGCAGCAGGAGGUGCAGCAGCAGCACCAGCAGCAGCCACAGCAGCAGCAGCAGCAGCAGCAGCAGCAGCCACUGCAGCAACCUCAUCGGCAUCGCCGCACCACCUCUCCAUUCAUCCUCCCACGCAUCCACACUCGCUCUCACGGCCCACUCAUAGGCCAUCCAUGGGGUUGGCCAACACCACCCCCACCCUCCCUUCCCUUCAUUGAGGACUCCCAUGAGGAGCUCAUUG